AUGACAGUCAGCGAACCCGACGUCACAGUUGGCGUCUUAGCUCUGCAGGGUGCGUUCAGUGAGCAUCUUCAGCUCUUGCGCCAAGCGGCUGCAUCGCUCGAGAAAAAGAAUAUCGACGGCUCGAAAUGGCGGUUUUUAGAGAUCAGGACGCCGGAGGAGCUGAGGCUAUGCGAUGCACUUAUUCUGCCUGGGGGUGAGAGCACGACUAUGUCCCUUGUUGCAGCGAGGUCGGGCAUGUUGGAGCCGUUGAGGGAGUUUGUCAAGGUCCUGCGCAAACCUACCUGGGGAACAUGCGCAGGUCUAAUUCUACUAGCCGAGUCUGCAAAUAGGACGAAGAAGGGCGGACAGGAUUUGAUUGGAGGGUUGGAUGUAAGGGUGAACAGGAACCAUUUUGGGAGACAGGUGGAAAGCUUCCAAACAAAUCUAUCGCUUCCAUUCCUAGGAGACUCUCUAGGGAAAAGAGCCAACCAGCCUUUCCGGUGUGUCUUCAUUCGGGCUCCAGUCGUUGAGAAGAUUCUACCGCACCGGGCGGGCAUACAGACUGAAGAGGCGUCGAGAGAAGGUACGAUUGUGGCACCUUCCCAAAAACCCGCCGAUGACCUGGCAAAAGAGGAAUUGCAAGCAGAGGUGGAGAUCAUGGCUGCCCUGUCGACGCAUUCGCCUGCGCUGCAAAACAAUCAAGAGCAUGACCACCCUGGCGCUGAAGAUAUCAUUGCGGUACGGCAAGGUAAUGUCUUCGGGACAAGUUUCCACCCUGAGUUGACCGACGAUCCGCGAAUACACGUGUGGUGGUUGGAAGAGGUCCUGAAGGCGGUCCAGCGAAGGGAGCAAUUCGAGGUUGCAGACCGCACUCGGUAA